AUGCCUGAAAAUCAGGGAGUUCCAUCUUCGGUUGACGAGUUCAACAAAUGGGCUGAGAAAACUCAUUUUCAGAUUGGGGAUUGUUUAGUUCUGAAGUAUGAUGCCAAGGCUGAUUCAGUGCUGGAAGUGACUGAGGAAGAUGGAGCUGAAGAACAAUGCCAGAAGGGUCAAAAGCUAGAGGUUAUGGUUCUGUCCGAUAAACAUGGCUCCGACCACCAAUCUACAGUGCAGGCACCUUCUCCUCAUCAUCACCAUCACCACUACCAUGCGCCGGCGCAAGCCUCGACUAACGGUGGUACUAGUCUAAAGGUAGCGGAGGGGUUUGUUUGUGGCACUGGGCGGUAG